CAACCGACCACCGGUUUGUUUGUCAUGUUCAAAAUGAAGUGUAUUUCCAUCUUAACGAUGGCUUUAUUAAUAACCAUCUUGGAUGCAAAACAACUUCCACCGUAUUUAAAAAUUUGUAAACGUUUCGAUCCUGAAAUUUCAAAGUGUUGGAAGAACACAUUCGAAGAAUUACUUCCAUAUUUAGCGAAAGGAAUCCCAGAGUUUAAAAUACCACCUUUAAAUCCCUUCAAUAUCGACACGUUACAAUUAAAUCAAGGAAACUCCGAAAAUAUUCAUUUCACCGCACAUUUAAGUAACGUUACAUUUUCAGAAGCAAACGACUUUAAUGUCGUUUCUGCUGAUGUAAACUACACGACAAUGGUGAUUAAGUUAACAUUAUUUUUCCCACAUUUAAUCAUGAACGGCGAUUAUACAGCUAAAGGAAGGGUGCUUUUAUUUCAAUUUGAUAGUAAGGGUCGCGUUGAAGGUGAUUUUAAGGGUAUGUUAAUAAACGGUACUUAUAUGUUGGAAACGGUUAAAAAAGGAGGACAAGAAUAUCUACAUAUUAAAGAAUCUACUCACAAUGUAGACAUAAAAAAAAUUUAUAUCUAUAUGCACGACCUGUUUAGAAAUAAUCCUGAAAUCACUGCAAAUGUCAACAAGGCUAUAAACGAUAAUGUCGAUGUUUUGUAUGAGGAUUUUCGACCGUUACUAAGAGAGACUUUUUCUACGAUUAUAAACGAAUACACUAAUAGAGCUUAUUCUCAAUAUCCUUUUGAUCAGUUACUUCCAAUUAAUUAAUUAUGUUUCUGUUUUAUUAAAAUUAUUUUUUUUAUAUAAAAAAAUUAAAUUGAAUUAAUUAAAUUAAGAGUUUACUUGGUUCAUUUUACAGUGGAACCUCGGUAUACGACCAUAAUCCGUUCCUUAUAUUUGAACUUAUACCGAAUAAGACGUAUACCGAACCAACCUUUCCCAUAUCAAGUAAUGUAAAAAUGAUUAAUCUAAUUAAGACACUGUUUGUAAAAAACUGAACUUUAUUAUAGAUUUUUAAAGUUA